AUGAAUCCAACAGUUCUUUAUGUAAGUGGAGGCAAUACACAAGUUAUUUCUUAUUCAAAGCAACGCUACCGAAUAUUUGGUGAAACCAUUGAUAUUGCUGUUGGUAAUUGUCUGGAUAGGUUUGCUCGAGUCCUUAAGCUCUCAAAUGAUCCAAGCCCUGGCUACAAUAUUGAACAAUAUGCUAAAAAGGGGAAAAAAUUUGUUGAACUUCCCUAUGUUGUGAAGGGAAUGGAUGUCUCAUUCUCUGGUCUCCUUUCUUACAUUGAGGAGAAAGCCCCAACUUGGUUAAAAAAUAAUGAUUACACACCAGAGGAUUUAUGUUUCUCAUUACAAGAAACAGUAUUUGCAAUGUUGGUUGAAAUCACAGAAAGAACAAUGUCUCUCUGUGGUUCUUCAGAGGUCCUCAUUGUUGGUGGUGUUGGCUGCAAUUUACGCUUGCAAAAGAUGAUGGAGAUAAUGGCGAAGGAGAGAGGUGCCAAGCUGUUUGCUACUGAUGAAAGGUUUUGUAUUGAUAAUGGUGCUAUGAUUGCUUAUGCUGGUCUUCUCAUGUAUAAAAUGGGUUAUACCACUCCAUUGAAAGACACUGGAUGUACGCAGAGAUUCCGGACAGAUGAAGUCUUAGUCAAUUGGCGGGAUUAA